CAGAAAGCAGAGUGGAGAAAUACCGCUCAAUAGAUAGGAUGAUGGGAGAGUGAGAGGAAGAGAUAGGAGUGGGCAAGAAAAGGGGUGAGUGAGUGGUAGAGAAAGGGACAGUGGGAGGGAGCUAAAGAGGGAAAGAACAAGGAGAAAAGAGAGGUAGAAAGAGGAAGAUAGCAAAAGAGUAGCUAUGUAUUUCUGUGGGAGGGUGACAGCGCUCAAUUCCUGGGAGAUGGGAUGACGUGAACACACAGUAUGGAGAGACAAAAACGGGCUUAGAGGACAAAGAAAAAUAAACGCAAACAUAAAAAGAGACAUUGCCCCUGUGUGUCCCACUCAGCAGCGCAAGCCAUCCUCCACAUGGAAGAGGCAGACCCGGGAAAGCAGUUCAGCACUCAGUAAUGGAGAUGGAAACGUUGACAAUAUCUCCCUGGGGUCAUGAGUUUUUCCCGCACUACAAGUACCUCUUCAACAAAAUACGUUAAAGUUGUCAGGACAUCCAUUCUGCUUUCCCUUAUGCUCAGAGACCAUGGGAAGCGUCAGCAGCCUCAUCUCAGGUCACAGUCUUCACAGCAAGCACUGUCAGGCCACGGAGUACAAAUUAAAGAAAGCAGGCCAUCCCCGGAAGACAGGCCGGAGCCUGGAUGGCCUACUGAAGUAUAGCUUUGCACAGGGGUCCUCCAACAACACAUCUAAAGCCAUCUCUCAGGCAGGCAGGAGUGAGGACUUCUUUUACAUAAAAGUGAGCCACAAGCCGCGGACGACUCACCAGAGAGGCAUCCCAACAGAGGACCAUUUAGGACAGGGACAUUUUACUGAUACGGAACCAGACAGUAGAGUGCCACCUAAAUUGCUGCCUAUGUCUGGGAAACUGGAGAAGAAUACCGAGAACGCUUUGAUCCGGCCCACAGCCUUCAAGCCAGUCAUCCCUAGGAGCACCUCUUCCACAGAGACUCGCGACAAUCUCACCCACCUGCUUAUUCCCCCAGAAAGGACCAAAGACUCCCAGGGGCCCAAACAGGACACCUUUUCAGUGACCCUCUCAGACUCUGGGCAGGAUUCAAUGUCCAGCCUGCCUACUCAAAGCACCAAUGGGAGCCUCAGUGCUUCCACAGGCCCAUUGUCUCAGUGUGCAGGAGGCUCAGCCCAUGGCAUGACCCAACCCCUGCAGCCCCCCCGCUCUACAUGGACCAAUGGGAAUGGCAUUAGAGCCAGUGCUAGGGUUGCAGCUCUAAGCAAUGGAGGGGCAGUGAAGGCUAACAGAGAUGCCGUCUCCAUACCGUCCACUCAGCAGCAUAUUCCUCUGUUGGAGGAGAUGGGAGGCUGUAAUCGCUCUCCCAUCUCAAUGGACGAGUCCCUCAUUGAGCUGCUGGAGCAGAGGCUGCUGGAGAGUGAGACAGAGCUGCAGGAGCUGCAGGUGAGCUUUGAGGAGAAAGAGGUGGACACUUGCCAGCCGUUUGAGGAGAGGCAGAGGUAUUGUGUUGAGGAGAUGGAGGGCCUGAAGCAGAGGUGCUCCACCAAGCUCAGGCAGGUCUCGCACAGGGCCGUGAGGAACCACCAGGCCUUGCAACUGCAGGUCAGUCAGCUGCAACAAGACAAGCAGAGGCUCCAGGAUGAGCUGGCCAGGAUGACCCAGGAAAAGGACCUGACAGAGGUCAAACUGAGGUCGUUUGAGAGGGAGAAAACCCAGCUCGAGCCCACCUUAGAGGAGACCCAGUGGGAGGUAUGUCAAAAGACUGGGGAGAUCUCCCUGCUGAAGCAGCAUCUCAGGGACUCCCAGGCUGAUGUCACUCACAAGCUGAAUGACAUCGUCAGCCUCAAGGUCUCGCUGAAGGAGACUCGGGCCAAAAUUGAGGCAUUGGGGCAGCAGAACAAAGAACAAGAGGACAAGAUACGCUCUCGCAGUGUGGAGGUUGAGGUAUGCCACAAUGAGCUCCAGCGCAAGAAGAACGAGGCUGAUCUUCUAAGAGAAAAGGUGGGUAUACUAGAGACAGACAUCAAAGGAAUUAAAAAGGAUCUGGCCCUGGCAAAAGAACAGAGGCAGCAGCAGAAGGCCAAACUGGAGGCCCAGGCCCAGCAGAGGUCAGACCAGAGUGGGGGGAGACAAGGGUGCAUGAGCACUGAUUCCCUCCAGGGAGAGGUGGAGAGACUGAAAGGGGAGCUCAGGGAAGAGAGAGAGACUCAGGAGAGGCUGUUGAACAGCUUUGAGCAUGAAAGACAGACGUGGAACAAGGAGAAGGACAGAGUCAUCAAGUACCAGAACCAGCUUCAGCUCAACUAUCUGCAGAUGCACAAGAAGAACCAAGAUUUGGAGAGAAUCCUGCAGGAGCUCACAGUGGAGCUGGAGAGUCGGCCGGAGCUCGACGUGGACAUCCACAGCUCAGGGUUACACUAUGAGGAUAUGAUAGCCACAGAAAUUUGAGGGAGAAACUCACAGAGAAUAAUAAAAAUCAAUCAACUGUUACAACAGGGUAAUUAAACAAUCAUAUUAAACACAUCAUUUGUUAUAUCUGUCCAGAAAACAGAUGAUCCAUUGCUGCCUUGGCAGGGGCAGCGUUUUAAAGAUAAUGAAGUUGGCUAACAUGCUGCUGCACGAUAUGACAGAAUUGGGGUCAGGUCUGACUACUAAAAUCACACUACUUCUCUAUGACCGUGUAAAGCAGGCUUUAAGCUUUUGUUAUGUUACCCAUAGGGUUGGUUUCCCAGAAACAGAUUAAACCUAGACUUGGACCCCCGAAAAAUUCAAGGCGAGGCUUAAUCUUUGUCCAGGAAACCACCCCAUAAUGUUCAAUUGACAGUAGCCUACGAAAUGGUUAUUCCUCUUGAGCAGUUUCCCAGUACUAUAGUUAACUUAAGGCAAUCGAUCUGCAUGUGUCAAGUCCUACAUAUGAUGUUGCAAGUCUCCACUACAACCACUGAGACUCAGCGACAUGAGAGCCAAUAUAUUUUUAUUUAACCUUUUUGAUCCCAAGCAUCACAGUGGCCAGAGAUACUGCAGAGCGUGUGAGGCAAGAGGAUACCCUCGUCAGCACCCACACAGAUACUGGCAUCUGCACGUGCAUGGGAGUUCACAUCCCUCUCCUGCAACACGAUAUAGAAGCUGCAUGGUAACAAAUGCUGAGGAGUGCAGCCACCUGUGCCACACAGGCUUUCUUUUUGUCGGAAGUCUCCCCACUCUUUGUAGUAACUGUAUAGCUGAGUUUGCCUACGUGUCAAACCACUGGAUGUAUAUUUUGUGAAUCAUCAUCAGUAUUAUUUAUUGAUAUAAGGGACACAAACGUUCAACACAGUAUUGUACUGAUUACGGUUUGAAAGGGACUAAUUAAACUGAGAUGAUAAAGAAUGUAUAUCAAUGCACUUCCAUUGGAAGAGGGACUAGGAGAACAUGAUUGUCUCAAAGUGCAUCCUACACUACACUGAGAAUGUCUCACGGGUACAGAUAGGUCACAGAGGUACAUUUGGCACUAAAUCCUGUUCACUCUCAGCCUAGCCUGAUUGUUACUUACAGUAUCAAGGCUGAAAUCAAAUUAAGGACUAUUGUUAGGAUAUAGGCCCACAAGGCUGUAAAUGGAACAAUGUGGUCACCAGGCUGAGAACAUCAUUCCAACUUUUAUCUGAUGUGCUUGACAUGCAAUGCAAACCAAUGAAAACACAAACACAGAGAGAAUAGCAAUAACGUUUACAUACAUGUAAGGGUUACAGAUAGUUUAAUUGAGACCUCAAGAUAAUAUAUAAUACAUGGGUACUCAGAUCUCUGCAAAUCACAUGGAUGUUUUUGAAUGUACUUUCCCAAAAUGACACCAUAAAGGUUAGAAAGUCUGUAUCAGUAAUUGGGCAGCAGUGAAGCACAUGAGUCUGACAAUGGAGCCUUAUCCUGCUGUGAUUCUGAUGGACAGACAACAUUCAAGCACAAAGAGGUUUGAAUAAAUUAGCAGGGGGAGGCACAUGUGCAAUGUACAAAAGACUGGCUGUUUUUUAUGGUCUCUGGUCAUAGAAGAACUAGCUGUUUUACAGAUGUAUAACAACAAAGCACUCAAUAAAUCCACACAUGAAUUAUGAAACAGAAUACCCUAUAUAUAUUAUAUACAAUUUGGUAUAUGUACAAGUUCAUGUAUAAUUAAUAGUUCAAGUUAGUUCAAAUAGUACAAGUUCAACAAAUGAUCUUACAGUCAGGCACCACAGGCUAAAAGGACAUGUUUGUGUAUUUUGGUCCAAUAACAUUAGUACUUAAUAAGUACAAAGUUAACAUAAACAUGGCUGUAUUUUGGAUGGAUGGAGAUCCUCCAUAGGGCUCUAGCUUGGCAAUAGUUCGAAAAUAUACUGUUAUGGAGUGUAGGCGAGCCUACCGUUACUCCUUAACCUCCAAGGACCUUACUGUAUAUGCUAUGUUUAGAGGGAGACUGGCUCUGGCUGCCAAAACAGUCAAAUACUCCAUCUAAACGUAAAUCGAUUCUCAAAUGCGAUAUGGUUCUAGAAAAAUGAAGCCCUUUACUUGCAUAUCACAUAAAACCAAUUUCACAAACGCUAAAUAUACAUUUACUGUACACUAUUUUAACCCGGUGUACCCUAACCCUAUAAGGCGUGUUGUAAUUUAACCUUUAGUUUAUUAUUCUUUCUAGCUGAUAUGAAAGAUAAUGUUUCCCAAAACAUACAGCAUGCGAUGCAUAUUAACAUUUCGGACCAAGAGCCGAAGCUGUUAACGAACCCCCCCCCCCCCCAGACGGAAGAUACCUUUGUGAAUAGAAGCUAACGUUAGAAGCGUGCUGUCAACAGACCAUCUGCUCGAACUUCCAGCACAAGCUAACAUAGCUAUGUCGUUGGAGGUUUGAGCCUGCUUGGCUAGGCUAAUACUUGAUGUGCAUUUAUACAUUUCCUAUAGUUUAUUAUGCUACCAUCAUUAAUUCCGAAGCCCACUAUACUGAAUCAUAUACAGUGCAUUCUGAAAGUAUUCAGACCCCUGGACUUUUUCCACAUUUUGUUACGUUACAGCCUUAUUCUAAAAUUGAUUCAAUUGUUGUUCGUUUUCCUCAUCAAUCUACACACAAUAAACCGUAAUGAGAAAGCAAAACCAGUUUUUUUAUAAUGUUUUGCAAAUUAUUUUUGUAUUUUUUACAGAAGUACCCUUUCAGAACCUUUGCUAUGAGACUCAAAAUUGAGCUCAGGUGCAUCCUGUUUACAUUCAUCAUCCUUGAGAUGUUUCUACAACUUGGAGUCCAUCUGUGGUAAAUUAAAUUGAUUGAACAUGAUUUGGAAAGGCACACACACCUGUCUAUAUAAAGGUCCCACAGUUGACAGUGCAUGUCAGAGCAAAAACCAAGACAUAAGAUCAAAGCUCCGAUUAAAAAUAAAUAAAAAAUCAAGAUAAACUAAAUAUUACAUUUACAUAAGUAUUCAGACCCUUUACUCAGUACUUUGUUGAAGCACCUUAAACAGCGAUUACAGCCUCUAGUCUUCUUGGGUAUGACGCUACCAUCCCAUUCUUCUCAGCAGAUCGUCUCAAGCUCGUCAGGUUGGAUGGGGAGCAUCGCUGCACAGCUAUUUUCAGGUCUGUCCAGAGAUGUUCAAUCGGGUUCAAGUCCGGGCCCUGGCUGGGCCACUCAAGGACAUUCAGGGACUUGUACACAACCACUUCUGCGUUGUCUUGGCUGUGUGCUUAGGGUCAUUGUCCUGUUGGAAGGUGAACCGUCACCCUAUUCUGAGGUCCUGAGCAGUCUGGAGCAGGUUUUCAUCAAGGAUCUUUCUAUACAUCUUUCCCCCGAUCCUGACUAGUUUCCCAGUCCCUGCCGCUGAAAAACAUUCCCACAGCAUGAUUCUGCCACCGCCAUGCUUCACCGUAGAGAUGGUGCCCGUUUUCCUCCAGAUGUGACGAUUGGCAUUACGACAAAAGAGAAUCUUGAAUCCUUUGGGUACCUUUUGGCUGUCAUGUGCCUUUAACUGAGGAGUGGCUUCCGUCUGACCACUCUACCAUAAAGGCCUGAUUGGUGGAGUGCUGCAGAGAUGGUUGUCCUUCUGGAAGGUUCUCCCAUCUCCACAGAGGAACUCUGGAGCUCUGUCAGAGUGACCAUCGGAUUCUUGGUCACCUCCUUGACCAAGGCCCUUCUCCCCCGAUUGCUUAGUUUGGCCAGGCUGCCAGCUUUAGGAAGAGUCUUGGUGGUUCCAAACUUCUUCCAUUUAAGAAUGAUGGAGGACACUGUGUUCCCGGGGACAUUCAAGGCUGCAGACAUUUUUGGAUACCCUUCCCCAGAUCUGUGCCUCGACACAGUCCUGAAGCUCUGCGGAGGAUCUGAAUAAAUUAUUAAUUAAAAAAAUAUAUAUAUAUUAGAUUUGUUUCUUCUAAAAAACAGUUUUAGCUUUGUCAUUAUGGGGUGUUGUAUGUAGAUUGAUGCCGAUUUGUUUUAUAUUUAAACCAUUUUAGAAUAAGGCUGUAACGUAACAAAAUGUGGAAAAGGGGAAAGGGGUCUGAAUACUUUCCGAAUGCACUGAAUAAAGCACAUUUAAUAGAGAAUAUUAUACUGGACUUUCAGUAGAAUGGCCUUACUGAAGAUCUCAGUAACUUUCAAAGUGGCACCGUCAUAGGAUGCCACCUUUGAAACAAGUCAGUUCGUCAUAUUUCUGCCCUGCUAGAGCUCCCCCGGUCAACUGCAAGUGCUGUUAUUGUGAAGUGGAAACAUCUAUGAGCAACAACGGUUCAGCUGCGAAGUGGUAGGCCACAAAAGCUCCCCAAACGGGACCGCAGAGUGCUCUGAUGCUCUACGCGCAUCAGGUUGCAACACUCACUACAGAGUCCCAAACUGCCUCUGGAAGCAAUGUCAGCACAAAAACUGUUUGUUGGGAGCUUCAUGAAAUGGGUUUGGAAUUGGAACGCUGACUGCAAGCCAUGGCUAGUCGCCCAACAUCAGUGCCCGACUUCAGUAAUGCUCUUGUGGCUAAAUGGAUGCAAGUGUCCGCAGCAAUGCUCCAAUAGCUAGUGGAAAGCCUUCCCAGAAGAGUGGAGGCUGUUAUAGCAGCAGAGGGAGACCAACUCCAUAUUAAUGCCCAUGAUUUUGUAAUUAGAUGUUUGACAAGAAGGUCAUGUAGUGCACAUUUGGUAAUUGGUACACUAAAUCCAGUGUAGCCUAGUUCCCUGCAUCGGAACCUUGCGCAACUACGGUACCUGUACAUAAUAAAUGUCGCAAUCUUAAAUAUAAACAUCAUUUCAGUAUCCUAGUUGAUGUCGAAGCUAGCCAGCCUAAUGCUAUUGCUACACAGUCAUCUAGGGGUUUUAGGCCUGACUAAAUUAUACGUAACCUUUGCUGAAUGUAUGCGUUGACGUGAGAAGUAAGGGUACGCGGGUGCACGGCUAGCUCGGUCUUGACUCUCCUAGUUGGCCAGCCCAAUCAGUUUGUUCAUUAACGUUUAAAUUUCAGUGACAAAAUAAUAAUAUACAAAGAAAAAAGUCCAAAAGAAAAGUAUCUAAGUUACACAAACAAAUGCAGGCAAGGACCGCUAGACCAAGGCUCCAACUCUCUCACUGAUUGCCAACACCUCUGAGUAAUCGUGUAAUUUAUCACAUUCCUGGUAGAACUAACUUGCUGCUGCCAUCUAGGGUUGGGAUAUGGAGGUGGAAAAGGGACUGAAUAACUCUGCCCUUUGCAGUUAUUCUCCCAAUGAUAACAAUGUGGAUUCAACAAAUGAAUAAACGCUAUAUAUCCAUUUUAAUAAAUGUUAGUAAAUUAGCUUUUAUUGUUUAAAGAGAUUAUGAAAGAGAUUGGUGUGUUUUUUCCCCAUCUAAUCAUGGUAUGUGGUUGUUCAAUGACAGACUUGCAUUUGUUGGAAAUGUAUCACUUCAUAGUUUAAUUUCAAAGAGAAAAUAAUCAUGUUUUUUCGCUAAAUGCUGUAUAUCCGUCCUCUCUCAGAGAAAUAAGCAGUCCUGCAAGGUUUUACACAGUCAAAUGUCACAAAUUAAAAAAAUAUAAAGAAAUUUACAAAUUAUACAUUUGUGACGUCAAUAUAAAACAAUUAAAUAAUAAUAAAAUACAAUGAGAUCGGUAUGUUAAACAUUUGCAUUUGACAUUUUAGUCAUUUAGCAGAUACUGUUAUCCAGAGCAACUUACCACUAUUAAGACACAACCAUCUGUCAGAACCUUGCACGCAGCUGUUUCCCCCCUCUCAAUCACAACAAACAAACCUCCUGCAGGUUCAGUUCAAUAUUUAUAGGCAGAUGUCAGAGGAAGCUUUGAAUAGGUCUGUAACCUGCAGAGUAAUAUGAGGAGAAUGCAAUUGCUGAAUUUAGAUAUUCUAAACUAAGUGUUUUGAACCCUUUCAGGUAUAGUAACAGGUCCAUAUAGAAUAAACAAACCUUUACAUAAUACCAUAGAAGCAAUGUGCACCUUUCACCUUCCAUAGUCAUUCCCAGCUGAUACAAAUACUGUUUCUAUUGACAUUUUGCCUGGUGAUAAAGGGCCUACCUUGGCAAACAGUGGUCAAACCUUCAUGUGUGGUGUCCCUUAUACAACAGGAGUUCCCUGAUCCUGGUGCAGAAUACACAGGGUUUUUCUCACCCCAUAUUGACUGACACCAUUCAAUUCAAUAAUAAAAACAAUACAAGUAAAA